UUAGUUCCCACAGUAAUCUCCCAAAUCACCAAAUUUUGCCUCUGACACCUCAACUCCCCGCUCUCCCUGUUCGACACUCCCAGGACGUUUCUGGACUGGACCGAGGACGGCUCCCCAGCUCAUUUCAGGACUGGAAAAUCAGAAAUGAGGAACAAUAUGAGACAAGAUUCAGUGAAAAUGCACAAGUUGUUAAUCGAACUGGUCCUGCUGGGAGUCAUUAGUUUGAGUAACGGUGCAAUCCAGAGGCCUGACUAUGAUGACACACCCAACCCAGAGUUCCUCAACCCGGCCUGGAUGGCCAGCAUCCCUGAUGAUCGGCUGCUGUCAGAGAUCACCAUGCCUGGGACACACAACACCAUGGCCCUAUAUGGUGGAGUGUAUGCAGAGUGCCAGACCUGGAACCUGGCCUCCCAGCUCCGUGCUGGUGUUCGCUUCCUAGACAUCCGUGUGCGUCAUGUCAACGGAAACCUCACCAUUCAUCACGGGGUGUCCUACCAGCGAGCGCACUUUGGCGACGUCCUGGAGGGAGUGACUGACUUCCUGCAGGAGUAUCCAACUGAGACAGUGCUAAUGCGUCUAAAGGAGGAGUUCAGUGAGACGGGUGACAUCUAUGGUGCUGUGGUAGACUACAUCAAUCGCUACUCUCACUGGGACCUGCUGUGGCACAGCCGACUCGUGCCAACCAUGAGUGAGGCUCGAGGGAAGAUCAUCAUCCUGCAGAACUUCAAUGGGCCAGAUCUGGGGAUGCGUUAUGAUUCAAUGGACAUAGCUGAUGACUGGAAGGUGCCCACACUGGCACAUGUGCAGGAGAAAUGGCAGAGUGUCUACAACCACUUGGAGGCUGCACCUUCAGGAAACAAAGCCCAGAUUUUUCUCACCUACAGCAGUGGAGCCGGAGUGUUCGCGCACCCCAGGGCCGUCGCACAGCUCAUCAACCCACAGCUGUACGAGUACCUGAGGGCCAAGACGGACCUGAACCAGCGCUUUGGAAUCAUAUGCAUGGACUUUCCCGCUGCCCCUAUUAUUCAAAUGAUCAUUGACUUCCAAUUAAAAGAGGCUUUUAAGACAGAGCAGGUCUAAUAACACAAUUCUUAGCCACUUAACUUUCUCACUGACAAAGUAAUUAAUCAAACGUUUCGGUGCUAAUAUCUGACUGAGCUCGACAAAAGUAAUUAUGAUGGAAAGUUUGCCUGGGAUGAAAUGUCUCAUCUGCAAAAGAUUUGGGGAAUAAAAUAAAUGCAACUCAAAAAUAAAUCAGAGGUGGCACCAAGUGUUUGAGUUUUUGACAGUAAUGAACUGCUGUGAAAACUGCUGACAUGUGUUGUAAUUGCUGUGGGGACACUGCAGUGAACAUAAAUCACCAGUUAGGUCAUAUGGAAAUUGGAAUAAAGCUUAAACAAGCCAACUGAGUAACAUUAAUGUUCUUGAACUCGUAGAGUUUAACAUGAGUCCAACACUUUAGAGAAGCUUGAAACAGCCUCCUCUAUGACCUCUAACCAGCACCAUACUACCAGGAGCUGUUUUCAUCCAGUCACAUGGUGGCAGCAUUGCUUUGUUAGUGGUACUUCCAUCUUCCUCUGGCUUACUGCUUACUGUAAGCAGUGAACAACUAGCUUAACCUUUGCAUCUCAGACCCAUUCCAGCUGUCCAAAUUUGCAGAACUUGGACCACAUUUCUUAAUUGAAGCUCCAUUAAACAAACUCCACUGAUUUUUAUGCAGCAAUGUUUGUUUACUACUCUUGUUUUCAUGUAGAAAAGCAU